AUGGGCAACAGUCUGAAAGCCAUACUUGCUUUUGUGCCCUCUAACAAGUGCCAGAAGUACCUCCUAGAAGACCUAGAAGAGAUGCCAGUGGAUAAAAUGGUUGAUCUGAGUGGCAGACAGAUGAGGCGGCUGCCUGUGCACAUCUGCUCUUUUAGGGAAUUGGUUAAGCUGUACCUGAGUGACAACAACCUGAACCACCUGCCCCCCGAGCUGGAGCAGCUGCAAAACCUGCAGAUCUUGGCACUGGACUUCAACAACUUCAAAGCACUGCCCCUAGUUGUGUGCACGCUGAAGCAGCUGUGCAUCCUCUACCUGGGCAACAACAAGCUCUGCAGCCUGCCCCUGGAGCUCCAACUCCUGCAGAACCUGAAGACCCUGUGGAUUGAGUCCAACUGCCUGCAGUACCUGCCUGAGGUGGUGUGUGAGCUCAGCCUGCUCAAGACGCUGCACGCGGGCUCCAAUGCGUUGCGCAGCCUCCCUCGGCAGCUGCAGGGCCUGAAGGAGCUGCGCACCAUCUGGCUCUCAGGGAACCUGCUCUCCGAGUUCCCGCCCGUGCUCCUGGACAUGCCCUUCCUCGAGGUCAUCGACGUGGAUCGCAAUUCCAUCCGCUUCUUCCCCAGCCUCGCUCACCUGCCCGGCCUGAAGCUGGUGAUCUACGACCACAACCCCUGCAGGAAUGCGCCCAAAGUGGCCAAAGGGGUGCGCAGGGUGGGCAGAUGGUCAGAGGAGACUCCCGAGCCCCGUAAGCGAUCUGGGGCAGUGAUAGAUAUCACACUGGACGAGAAACCAUUGCUACCUCCUGCCGCCAAGGCCGAGCCAGACGCCGAGCCCUGCUGA